ACGAACAGGCCCACCUUUGUUGAAGACUUGAAACGCCUACGGUCCUCCGCACAAGUCCAAAGUCCCAAGACGACAAAUCUUUUACCUCUUUCAGACUCGUCCACUGUCAGCACCCCAACCUCAUCUACCCUCCGUCCGAAAUCGCCUCGAGCUACUUGCUGGCCCUAGCAUCUUUCCCUUGGUGAUUAAGCUUUUCGGCCCAUCCACCUUUAGAGGCUUAGCAAAUCCCGCUUUUUGACGCGACACCUGAACAACCAGAGGUCACGCCUGCUGAGGAAACUCGAAACACAUAAACUUGCUGAUCCCCUCGUUGGACGCACACUGAUCGUCCUCUCCACGUUCUGUGAAGCCAUCUCCAGCGUUGAUCCUUAAACCAUCGACACGCGCUGUGAGCCUCGUUUCUCUACCAACCACUCGACAUCAACAACAUCAGUCUUUGUUUCCUCGUUUCAUCCUCUCAAACCUUCUCUCUCCCCCCUCUAUACCUCUAUUCACAAUGGCAAUGGCUGUCGACAACCGCCAACAGGUCACUGGCCUGUCUUACGACCACAUGCGCUACCCCGCGCCGCACUUCACCAACCCUUGGGUCUCUGGUCCCGCCCCGAGCCACCACCUUUAUGCUACCUCGUUGCCGCAACCUUCGAUGGUCAGCGAUCCCGGUGCACAUCACUUGGUGGCGAGAGCCCCCAGCGUUAACGUGUCGAUGCCCAUGCACUCAAGUGCCAUGCCGGCUCCUACUCUGGCUUCAGACGGUCUCAGUGCUCCUCGUCCCUAUGGUUCGACCUAUGUUACCUCUGGUCCCUCCUCCGGGGCCAUGUAUGCUCCCACCUCUGCGCCCUCAUAUGCCCGCGAGUACUCCAACAGCAGCCCCUACGCUGCCUACCACCAGGACCGUCGCUCUUCGCACCCGUCAGUAGCAUCGAACAGUUUCCUUGGAAACCCCAUACUCGCACAGAAGCACCGCCAGAGCAGUUUAAUUGACGUCAACAGGCUGAACGCCGCUUCUACCGAGGCUGAGCGCAACAGCUUCAGUGAUGCACUGGAUGCCAGCAGAGGCAUGGUCGCCAUGAGCCAGGACAUUACUCCUAGAAACAUCUAUGGCAACCAGGGCUCGAGCAGAAGCUCGUCCGACUCAUAUGGCUUCCCCUCUACACACUCAGCCCACUCCUCCAUCUCCUCCGCCAGCACCUACCCCUCAUCAUACUACGGCUCUGUUAGCGAGGCUUCAUAUGGCGACUACAGCUCAGCGAGCGAGUCUGUCGACACCUCAUCUCGCACGUUGCCCCGCCCCACCGGUCUGUCUGGCAACGUCGCCCUCCCUCCUGCACCUCAGUCCAUGAUGGGCCAAUUCAGCUCAAAGGUUUCAUCGAGCUCGCAGAAGAAGCACAAGUGCAAGAUCUGCGACAAGCGCUUCACCCGCCCCAGCUCGCUCCAAACCCAUAUGUAUAGCCACACUGGCGAGAAGCCAUUUGCAUGCGACGUUGAGGGAUGUGGUCGUCACUUCUCAGUCGUGUCCAACCUUAGACGCCACCGCAAGGUGCACAAGGGCGAAGACUCCCACGCCUCUCCGGAUGACGAGUAAGCACGCAGUAUCACUGCUUGCGGCUGACUCAGGCCUCGUCGACAUUCCCGAUUAACCACUUCUGAUUCUUGAUCACACGCCUUGUAUCAUGUGUAUUAUUAUAUUGUCUGGCUAUCACCGCCAUGACAUGUCCGAUUCCAGCGACAUCAGAAUACGCUGGCGGAUUCACGCGCCUUCGUAAUCUUCGGGAGCCCUUUUUCUACUUUGUCCAACCUGGAGUUUGGAUCAUGAACCUCUUUUACCGGAACUCUAAUAACUUUCAUCGUCAAUCGCUACACUUUCUACUUGAUACCCAUGGAUUUGGAGAUGGCUUUUUGUGUUUUACACUCUGGGCGUACAUGGCGCAACAUCAUUCUGUUUUCUUUGUUGUUUUUCAAGACUGGCGGUAUUCUCUGUACUAUAUAAACGAGGCAUUACUACUGCACGAGAUGUGGUGUAUGCCCAAAAGCUACUACGGAAUAUGAACUUGCAAUUAUUCAAUCAAGUACCCAUCCCG